UAAAGUGUAGGUCCUGCGCGUUUCUCCGGUUCGGUUGGGCCAUUUUUAGUUUUAGUGCCAUAAAGCCACGUAGUCAGCUUGACUGCGAGGGCGCUGCUGCCCAGUGCUACUGUGGCAGAGUGCAGUGCAGUGGAGUGGAUAUCAUCGCUCAUCCGUUCAGAAUCACACAACCAAGUCAGCUUCUGAAGCUCCAAAUGAAAACACUCUGUGAAGGCUGUUAACUGUGGAUGUGUGGCUCCCAUUAAAGGAGGAGGAGUCCAGUGUUCUCCCUCAAACAGGGAGAGGGAGGAAGCUGAUUACAGAGAAACAAGUCACUGCCUUUAACAGUCAUAAUAGUACAGAGCAGUGAUAUAACAAUUUAGGAGAUUACAUGAGUUCUGUUCUUGAACAGGUUUUACAGUAUGAUGAUAGCUGUUAUAAAAUACGCUGCACGAAGCAGAAUAUAUUGCUGUCUGUGUUGGCUAUAUGAAGGCCUAUCUUGCUUUACAGUCCUGCAUUUCACAGAAAAACAUCAACUUAUCCAAAAGAGGGGGGAAAUGUUUUGGUAGGAAAAAACACGAUUAUUUCUGUGAUGGAGAAUCCCACAGACUUUUUGAAAUUUCUAUAUAAUUUAAAUGGUUAAUAUGUAAACUAAAGUCACUCAGAGUGGUCUGAUGAAAAUGCUAUGUUCUACAGAAACUGUGACCCCUGGUUCCUGUCACCUCCACUGUAAACAAAAUCUGAGUGGAGGGUGUGUUCUAUGUCAACGAUUCUCUGGAGAAGUUAAUGUUUGAGGAGCUGCGAAAUGCAUGUCGUGGAGGAGGCUUUGGAGGGUUUCUGCCUGCAAUGAAGCAAAUCGGAAAUGUGGCAGCCCUGCCAGGAAUUGUGCACAGAUCUGUGGGCCUUCCUGAUGUUCACUCUGGAUAUGGCUUUGCAAUUGGAAACAUGGCUGCUUUUGACAUGAGUGACCCCACAGCGGUUGUCUCACCAGGUGGUGUCGGUUUUGACAUUAACUGUGGUGUGCGUCUACUGAGGACUAACCUGGAUGAGGGAGAUGUGCAGCCAGUGAAGGAGCAGUUGGCUCAGGCACUGUUUGACCACAUCCCUGUAGGAGUGGGAUCCAAAGGCGUCAUUCCAAUGAAUGCCAAAGAUUUGGAGGAAGCCCUUGAGAUGGGGGUGGACUGGUCUCUGCGGGAGGGCUACGCCUGGGCAGAGGAUAAAGAGCACUGUGAGGAAUAUGGCCGGAUGUUGCAGGCUGACCCAAACAAGGUCUCCUCUAAGGCCAAGAAGAGAGGACUGCCACAGUUAGGGACACUGGGUGCAGGUAACCACUAUGCUGAGAUCCAGGUGGUUGAUGAGAUCUACAAUGACUAUGCAGCCAAAAAGAUGGGCAUUGAUCACAAAGGCCAAGUGUGUGUGAUGAUUCACAGUGGGAGUCGUGGUCUGGGACACCAGGUAGCCACAGAUGCUUUGGUUGCCAUGGAAAAGGCGAUGAAGCGAGAUAACAUCGUCGUAAAUGAUCGUCAGCUUGCUUGCGCUCACAUCACUUCCCCUGAGGGUCAGGACUAUCUGAAGGGCAUGGCUGCUGCAGGAAACUAUGCAUGGGUCAACCGCUCAUCCAUGACCUUCCUCACACGCCAGGCCUUCUCCAAAGUGUUCAGCACUACACCAGAUGAUCUGGAUAUGCAUGUGAUUUAUGACGUGUCCCAUAACAUCGCUAAGGUUGAGGAGCACAUGGUGGACGGUAAACAGAAGACACUGCUGGUGCAUCGCAAAGGCUCCACAAGAGCUUUUCCCCCUCACCACCCCCUCAUUGCGGUCGACUACCAGCUCACUGGUCAGCCUGUGCUCAUUGGUGGCACAAUGGGCACCUGCAGCUACGUGCUAACGGGCACUGAACAGGGCAUGACGGAGACAUUUGGUACCACCUGCCAUGGCGCUGGUCGAGCACUGUCCCGGGCAAAAUCCCGUAGGAAUCUGGACUUCCAGGACGUUUUGGAUAAACUGGCAGACAUGGGCAUUGCCAUCAGAGUAGCUUCACCCAAACUAGUCAUGGAGGAGGCUCCUGAAUCCUACAAAAACGUGACCGAUGUGGUCAACACGUGCCACGAUGCAGGCAUCAGCAAGAAGGCCAUCAAACUCAGACCCAUUGCUGUCAUUAAGGGUUAAAGAUAGAAGCUUCAUGACCAUCACUACAGGGUUAAACCCAGAAAACGCUCAUAUGAGCCAUCAUCAGAAACUGCAGAGACAAGGCCUCGUCAUGCCAAGCACUUCAGAAGGAGCAAUUCCUGCCUUGGGGCCUCUGCACUCUGUUUAUUGGGACUGGCCUUUCAAUACAUGUGCGUAAGACUGCACAGAAAAACAAAGCUCACAAGAUGAGGAAAAGAUGAAUAAGUUGUUGUUUUGUUUACUUAAAGGCUUUACUCUUAUAAGGUCUGUGUGACUAAUAGACUUUUGUUUGUGGUAUUGAAGAUGCAAUUUGUUGGGAAAUAAUAAACUAAAAAAAAUGAAAGCA